AUGUCAGAAGAUGAUGAAUCUAUUGAAUCACCAAUUGCUUUUAAAUCCCCUCAUAACUUAUCAUCGGUUCUAGAAUUUGAAGAAGAAUUGAGUAUGCAAUCACCAAUUAUAGAUAAAUCAAUUUCAAGAUCGUCAAGUCCAUUUAUAGCUCAUCCACAAUCACCUUUAAAAUCACAGGAUGAUCUACUACCUACGAAUAUAUCACCAUGGAGACAAUUCAGAUCCAUCAAUCCUUCAACCAUACCAUCAACUGCUCAAUCAUCUAUUUUUCAUAAUAAACCUAACCUUACGCCAGAUACAAAUAAUGUAUUUAUAGAUACAACUUCAAAAGAAGAUGAAUUGAAUAAGAGAAUCAUCAAUUAUAAAAUUCAAAUCAAAUUAAUGAAAAACUUCUUACAAGAGCUAAUUGAAAAAAAUAAUAUAGAUCCAAAAGAAAUCAAAUCAAUAAUGCCCUUGGGUGAAAUUAAAGACGCGUCAACAAUAUCUUUAGAAAAAGAACUUAAUGACUUACGUGAAGAAUAUGAUGAAAUAUUCAAGUUGAAUGAAGACUUAUUUACAAAUUUGCAAAAUUUUGAAGAACAAAUUGAAAUUAAAGAUCAACAACUUCAAGAAUCUGAAAAAAUACGAGAUCUAAUCUUACAAAUUGCCAAGUCAAAUGGAAUUGAUUCAAAUUUACCUAUUGAUUUACAAUUAAAAUCUAUAUUUGAAAGAAAAUCUCAAAAUUCAAUUUUAACUCCUCCUGAAUCAGAUGAUGGAAAAGAUCAAGAAUUAAAUAAAUUAGAAAUUGAAAAUUUGAAUUUGAAUAAACAACUAGAAUUUAAAGAUGAAGAACUUAAGGAGUUAAAAAGGAAAUUAGAGGAAAAUAGUCCCUCACCAAAGCAAUCAAACGACAAAUCUCAAAAGGAUGAUGAUCAAGAUAUAAAAAAUGAGACUCAAGAUUUUCUUGAAAUACUAAACAUCAAAGAUAUGGAGAUAUCUGCACUUAGAUCAAAAUUAAUUAAAGAGACUGAACUGUUAGAAAAAUUAAAACAAAAAGAAAUUGAUGACCUGCAAACCACUUUAAGAAAUAAUUCAAACUCAGAUCGUGAACUUAAACAAGCAUUGGCUAACAAUGAAGAACUAACCAUACAACUUCAAAAUCAAACUAACAAAGUCCAUGAGCUAAAUUCAAAACUAGCUGCUAAAGAUAAUAAUGACAAAUCUGAAUCUAACGAAACCAAACUAUCUCAAGAUCAUCUACUAAUUAUAACCUCUCUCGAAAAAGAAAACCAAAAUAUAGUGCAAGAACUAAAAAGCCUCAAAUUACAAGAACUGACUCUAAUGACAGAAUAUCUAGAUUUACAAAAUGCAUAUUCAAAAAUUCUAGAAGAAUUAAAUGCUACACAAGAUUCUUACUCGCUAUUAAAACAAACAGAAGAUAACAAACUAUCUGAAAUAAAAACACAACAAACAACUAUAAACAAAUUACAACUUGAUCUCGAACAAGCUAUCAACCUUCAAAGAAAAAAUCAUUCAGAAAAAAUUCAAACUUCAUAUAAAAAUGAAUCCCUACAAAAAGAUAAUGAAUCAUUAAAAUCAAAAAUUCAAAAAUUAACAGAAUUUAUUGAUUUUUCAAACAAUAAUCAAGAUACCAUAAAGAAAUUAUCAAUUAUAGAAUUUCAAUACAAAGAUUUAAUUACAUUUGAUAUGAAUGAAUUUUCAAAAUUAUUAAAAUCUUUUAAUAAAAUUGCAGAAGAUGAAUCAAUAUUAAAUCCAACAAAAAAAUAUGAAAGAAUAAUGAGAAAAUUAUCAAAUUUUGAAAUAAGUAAUGAAAAAGAUAUUACAUUUAUAAGAGAAAAUCAUCUGUCUAUUUUUAAUUAUUUUGUAAGAGCUACUGAUAUGAUUAUAAAUAAUCAUGUUAAAUUAUUAUUAAAUGAAAAUGAACAAAUUAUAAAAAGACAAAAUUUAGCAUUAAUUGAGAAAAAUUCAAAAUUAAUUAAAGAAAUUGAAGAAUUAAAAAAAGAAGGAAAUAUUGGUAACGAUUCAAUAACUGAAUUAAGAUUUAAUGAUAUAAGAAGAAGAUGGAAAUCUGAAAGAGAAAGAAGAAUUUUUGAAGAUAGUGAAGCUCAAAAGAAGUUUAGAGAGCUAGAAGAUGAAAUAGCUAGAAAAUAG